CCAGGCUGCCUUUCCCUCUCUGCCCAACAGCUGGCGCUUUUUUGCUAUCAUUUUGCUAUCGUUUUUCUCUCCACCUCUCUGACUUGGGGGGGCGGUGGUGGCCGUGGUCGCUGCGCGGCUCGCAGGUCACAUGGCCCGCCGGAGCGAGGCCACCCUGCGAGAGGAGGUGAGGCUCCGGCGAGCACCCGGGCCGCGGGCGUCUGCGAUGGCUCCUCCGGGGCAUUAAGCCGAGCCGGCCUCGGCGACAACGGAGACGGCCCCCUAGCGUGCCAUGCAGGGGGAUUUGACUGCCGCCACUCGGUUUGCCGCAUGCUGAUUCUGUCCUGCAUUCCAGAAUGGGUUUUUCUUGGGAUCAGACCUGACUAUAAACUGACCUCAUGAGCACCCCCUCUUCUCCAGCUGCCAUGCUGCUCCGGAGGCUUAGGCGGCUCUCCUGGGGCAGCACUGCUGUCCAGCUCUUCAUCUUGACGGUGGUGACAUUCGGCUUGUUGGCCCCCCUUGCCUGUCACCGACUUCUCCACUCCUAUUUCUAUCUACGCCACUGGCACCUGAACCAAAUGAGCCAAGAAUUCCUGCAGCAAAGCUUGAAAGAGGGUGAAGCAGCCCUCCAUUACUUCGAGGAGCUGCCCUCCGCCAAUGGCUCAGUGCCCAUUGUCUGGCAGGCCACCCCUCGCCCCUGGCUGGUCAUCACCAUCAUCACUGUGGACAGGCAGCCAGGCUUCCACUAUGUCCUGCAGGUGGUGUCCCAGUUCCACCGGCUGCUUCAGCAGUGUGGCCCCCAGUGUGAGGGGCACCAGCUCUUCCUGUGCAAUGUGGAACGGAGCGUGAGUCAUUUCGAUGCCAAGCUGCUGUCCAAGUAUGUCCCAGUUGCCAACCGCUAUGAGGGCACAGAGGACGAUUAUGGUGAUGACCCUUCAACUAACUCAUUCGAGAAAGAGAAGCAGGACUAUGUGUAUUGCCUGGAGUCAUCCUUGCAGACCUAUAACCCAGACUAUGUCCUGAUGGUGGAAGACGAUGCCGUUCCUGAGGAGCAGAUCUUCCCCGUCUUGGAGCACCUCCUGAGGGCUCGCUUCUCUGAGCCGCACCUCAAAGAUGCCCUUUACUUGAAGCUCUACCAUCCCGAGAGGCUCCAGCACUACAUCAACCCCGAGCCCAUGCGAAUCUUGGAGUGGCUGGGUGUGGGCAUGGUGCUGGGGCCUCUCCUAACCUGGAUCUACAUGCGCUUUGCCAGCCGUCCCGGCUUCAGCUGGCCAGUCCUGCUCUUCUUCUCCCUCUAUAGCAUGGGUCUGGUGGAGCUGGUGGGCCGCCACUACUUUCUGGAACUGCGGAGGUUGAGCCCUUCCUUGUACAGCGUGGUCCCCGCUUCCCACUGCUGCACCCCAGCCAUGCUUUUCCCUGCCCCCGCAGCCCGCCGGACCCUCACCUACCUGUCCCAGGUAUACUGCCACAAGGGCUUUGGCAAAGAUACGGCCCUGUUCUCCCUACUGAAGGCCAAGGGCGAGCGAGCCUAUGUGGUAGAGCCCAACCUCGUGAAACACAUUGGGCUCUUCUCCAGCCUCCGGUACAACUUCCAGCCCAGUCUGCUCUAGUGUGCCUCAUUGAAGUGGGCCACUUGUUAGACAUUCCACUCUGGAGUUCUUUAUUUGGACUCGGUUGCUUGCAGAUAUUUCAUUGUUUGGUGUUGUUAGGUUUUAAGUACUGAGACAACGAGGGGACAGAUCUAUCAAGAGCUGUGGCUUUAAAAGCUUUUACAAGAGCCACAGAUCAGGCCCUCUCUCCCUCUACACAGCCAUCCUGCCUCAUGCUGUGUGACCAACCCAGUGAAGGGCCAUUGAAACACUCGUUGUCUUCUCUACUUGUGUUCAGAUCUGCCUUGUGAUCAAGCUUGUGACUACAAAAAUAUUGUACACAGUGUUUACGACUAUUUUAGGACUAUAAAAGUAAAAUUUGAUGAAAGUUGUGAGCCCUUGGAAUUUAUUUUAUAUUUUUUUCUUGAGCAUGAGAAUGGAUAUAUGUUUAGAAUCUGUCCAAAGUGGCAAAAUCAUGUUGAUAGAUUCAUUUUGUUUCAAUUACCUCGUGUAAUAAAAGUUGGUUAAAAACACAUGAAACAUCGCUGCAGCACUUGGUGUCUGGGAGACAGGUAA